AUGCCGCGGACAAAGGAUAAGCAGGCCACCAACGGCGGCAAGCGCCACCUCUUGAACGACGACCCCUUUGCUCUGCAAAAAGAAAGUUCACGCCCAACCAAGAAGGCAAAGCUGCUCGACGACAGCGACAACUCGGACGCAGAGGACGGCGGCGUGACGCUGAAAGUCAACGAUGAGUAUGCGAAGCGCUUCGAGUACAACAAGAAGCGCGAGGAGAAACACAGACCAAAGCAUUCCAAGCUCCCCGAGGAUGACUCGGAAGAUUCUGAGGAAGGCGUAGAGGAGGAUGACGCUGCCGAACUGCUCGACGAGACGCUCGACGACGAAGUCAAUGCCACCCUCCAAGCCCUGCGCGCAAAGGAUCCCGCCAUCUACAACAAGGAAGUGAAGUUCUAUCGCGAGCUCGAAGAGGACGACGACAGCAAGGACGAGGGAGAGAAGGAGCAGACUAUGACACUGAGGCAAUAUCACACUAAGAACCUGCUCGAAGGUAACUUGCCUGAAAAUGACGAUGAGGAUGCGCCACCAAGGACAUAUGCCCAGGAGCAGGAAGAAGUAAGGCAGAACCUUGUCAAGGAAAUGCACGCAGCUGCCGAGGAGGAUGGCGAGGGUGACGACUUCCUCGUCGCGAAGCCGAAGCCAGCAUCUUCAAAGAAAGAUCGCGUCAAGAUCACUACUAUGGAUGUUUUGCACGCCGACAAAGACCCUGAGACAUUCCUCUCCAACUUCAUGGCCUCGCGCGCAUGGGUGCCAACCGACAAGGCCCGUUUCCAGCCACUCGAAGACGACGACUCCUCUGAGGAUGCUGCAGCUGACGAGUGGGAAAACUCAUACAACCUGUACUUCGAGGACACUUCUGGCGCGAACGAGAAGAUCAUGACAUAUGCGCGUGACGCUGUCGCAAGCACCACAGUUCGCCGCGACGACGCGACUGGUAGACGCAAAGCACGUGAGGCUGCAAGAGCGAAACGUGAGGCCGAAAGGCGCGAGAAGGAGCAGGACCUAGCGCGACUACGGAAGCUGAAGAUCGAGGAGAUGGAGCAAAAGGUACAGCAGAUCCGUAAGAUCGGAGGCCUGAGUGGGCGCGACUUCAAGAUUGAAGAGUGGAAAGACGUGCUCGAAGCAGACUGGUCCGACGACCAGUGGGACGCAGAGAUGCAGAAGCGCUUCGGCGAGUCUUACUACGAGGCGCGCGACGCUGGCUCAGGAAGCGAUGACGAAAGGUCCAAGAGCAAAAAGAAGAAGCCCAAGAAGCCCAAGUUCGACGACGACAUCGACAUCAAAGACCUGAUCCCCGACUUCAAGGACGAUGAGGAGGAGCGCCCCGAUAUUACCCUAUCCUCCGACGAAGAGGAUUUGGACGCCGGCGCUGAAGACGAAGAAUCCACCAGCAAAUCAAAGUCGUCCAAGAAGCGCAAACAAGAACGUGCCGACGCCAAAUCCGCUGCUCGCCGCGACCGCCGCUUGAUCGAAAACCUCGUCGCCUCCAACCUUGAAUACGAAGCCGCCCUCGCUGCGAAACCAAAAGCACCCACGCGCUUCCGCUACCGCGAAACUUCACCUACGACCUUUGGUCUUACGGCCCGCGAUAUUUUGCUAGCUGAUGACAAGCAGCUGAACGAAUUCGCCGGGCUGAAGAAGCUCGCUGCAUUCAGAGAUCCGGAUAAGAAGAAAAAGGACAAGAAGCAUCUGAGUAAGAAGGCGCGGCUAAGGCAGUGGAGGAAAGAGACUUUUGGGGAUGAAGACGGACCCAAAGGAGGGUUUGAGGUGCUGGAUGGAGGAGCGGGCGAGCCGAUGGAGAUUGAUGGGAGCAACGUCAUUGAAGGCGAGAAAAAGAAGAAGAAGAGGAGUCGCAAGAGGAAGGCGGGUGCUGAGGAGAUAUAA